UUGGCGCCGCAACGCGAGAGGCAUGGCUCUCCUCCUCCUCCACCUCUUGCUCUUCCUCCGCCUCGUUACCUCCGCCGCCGCCGACUCGUUUCCGGCCACUGCGAUCUUCGUCCUCGGAGACUCCACUGCCAGCUGUGCCGCCACCACGCUGUCCCUCAACCUCACCCCCCCGUCCUCUUUCUCUAGCCCCUGCCUUUUCCACUCCGGCCGCCGCCGCCUCCUCCCCGACAUCCUUGCCGCCAAGAUGGAGCUCCCGCCACCGCCACUCAUCUCCACCCUCAACGGCUCAGCGGCCGCGGCCGCGAUGGGCGUCAACUUCGGCGGCGAGGAGGGCGAGAGCGGGGGAGCCGGGGUGUUCCGCAUGGGCAACGUCGGGCAGCAGCUGCGGCUGGCCGCCGAGACGCUGCAGCUGCUGCGCCUCGAGGCCGCCACGCCGGGCGAGGCGUCCGCGGCCGUGGCCGGCGCCGUCUUCGUGGUGUCCUUCGGCGCCGACGCCUACGCGCGGCUGCUCGCGCGCGGGUCCGAGGCGGACGCGUCGGCGCCCAAGCACGGCCGCCGCGGCUUCGCCCGCCUGCUGGCCGGCCGCGUGGCGCGCGCGGUGCAGGAGCUGUACGAGGCGGACGUGAGGAGGGUAGCGGUGCUGGGGGUGCCACCGCUGGGGUGCGCGCCGCAGGUGAUGUGGGACGGGCUGCACCUCGUGGACGGCCGCGGGUGCGUGGAGGAGGCUAACGAGCUCGUCCAGGGGUACAACGCCAGGGUGGAGGCGCAGCUGGACGCGCUCCGGCCGGAGCUGCCCGGCGCCGACAUCGUCUUCUGCGACGUCUACAAGGGGGUCAUGGAGAUGAUCACCAAUCCCGCCGCCUAUGGGUUUGAGGAGGCGAGGGACGCGUGCUGCGGGCUGGGCCCCUUCGGUGGCACCAUCGGGUGCCUGACGAGGGAGAUGGCGUGCCCCACACCGCAGGGACACAUCUGGUGGGACCUGUACAGUGUCACGGAGACGGUGAACACACUGCUUGCGGACUGGGCCUGGUCGGUGCCGCCGUCGACGGACUCCGACACGAGCAUCUGCCGCCCCAUUACCCUGCAGCAGCUUUCCGGGCGAGCCGACGCACUGGCGCCACCGGCGAUGGUGUAGGUUCGACAACGAGGGCUGGUUAUUUCGGCUUGAUCGUUGGAGAUCGGGCAUUUUUCGUUCCGCCCGUGCUGUUGUUCCAGUCGACGGCGGAAAACAAAGGAAAUCAGGGAACACUCUGAUGCUGCGAAGAAGCGAGGGGACAGGGUCUGAUGGGUGUGCGUGUCCAUACAGACGUGAGACGACAUGUGAUGCUGCGCACGCAAUUGAAGUACGGAGUACUGUAUAGCGGGGUUGGAGAUGAUGUAACGCAUUAUUAUCGCAGAGAUGAUGUAACGCAUUAUUAUCGCUC